AGUUGGUGCGUCGACGUGCCCGCUGCUCCCGAGUCGCUUUGCCAAUCUCUCGUACUUCUCACAGACGCAAUCGGACGAAACAGCGUCGCUUGUCGCCGUUUGCAACCCUUCCAGCAGGACCAGAAGCGCCACCAGCUUUCCGGCCAUGCGGUCGGGCGUGCUGCUCGUGCUCUGCGGCUUGCUGACUGCUCGCGCCGCCCUCGGCAGCGACAGUUCCUCGCACCAGAUCGUGACGGCUGGCGAAGAGGCUCUGAUCACGUGCUCUGUCAGAAAUUCUGCGACGGAGACGCCGGGCCAAGGCGUGAUUUGGGUCAAACUGAGGCAAACUCGUGGCACUGAGCGAGACAAGGACCGAAGGGAAAUUCUCACUGCUGACACCGCCAGGGUCACGGGCGACCAUAGAUUCAGCGCCGUCACAGACCAACAGGGAACGCACUCCGUAUUGGUUAUCCGAGACGUGCAGCCCUCCGACGCCGGCCUGUACGCGUGCGAGGUGUCCAAGCAGCAGGGCCAGUUCAGAUCCUUCCACGUGCUCAAUGUGUCGGAAGUGGCGCCUUCCGAGAGGGAAAAGGACGGCUCGUAUGUGACGCCGGUGCCAACGCAGGACAUGUCCAGGCACAACUUCACCUCGUGCUGCGACGCGGCCGGCGUGCCCAAGAACUGCCUCGGCUUCUGCAGCCUCGGCAACAUCGUCAAGGGAAACACCGGCGAGGACGUGCAGAACUGCAAUGAACACCAUGCCCAGAUUUUCAACUGCAUGGCUGACGGCCGGGACCACACUGCGUGCUGCGCGAAGGAAGGCGUGAUCGACCUGUGCAUCGACGUGUGUCGCGGAGACUACACGCCCAGCACGGACAAAAUCAAAACUCACUACUCGUGUGACGCAUACACCGAAAGGGCCUUGGCGUGUAUCGCCAAGGGAGUCGAAAUCCUGCCGAGCGUGCCGCGCUUCGUCAGAGUGGAGCCGCUGUCGGAACACACGCUACAGGUGUCCUGGCGCUUUCCGCAGCACAACUCCGACUCGGUCACGCAGUACGAGAUAAGCGUGCAACACGUCACCGCCUUCAACCCGCCCGUUAGCUCCACCGAGAGCGACAUUGCCGACCUCGCGGCCCUCUCCACCCCUGCCUCAACGCAGGGACCGUUCGCCCUCAAAAUCAAAGUUCCAGGCACGUACAACUCGAGUCUGGUCAGUUCCCUGAGCGCGUUCAGCAUGUACGAGGUGGCGGUGACGGCGUUCAACAGGCACGGAAAGAGUCUGCCCUCGCCUGCCAUUCGAACCCUGACCCUGGUGCCUGGCCAGAAGAAGCACAGGACGACGACCGUCGACCCUGCGCCGGCACUGCCGGAAACGCUUAAAUGCUGCGAGGAGGAACACAAGAUUCCGUUAAAAUGUGCACGGAGUCUGUGCGGCCCUGGCGUGGAAUCGACUCAGGCUCUGGAAGAACUGUACUCGUGUGCAAAGUACACGAAGCAGGCGUUGACCUGCCUCAACGGCGGCGAGGACCACUCGGCCUGCUGCAGGGCCAGGGGCAUGGAUUUGGUGUGCGCAGACCUUUGCAGAGGUGCCAUCGAGAAUACUACUCUUAACUACACGCAUAUGAGGUGCAUCUCGUACGUGGACGUGUACAAGUCGUGCAUGCUGCAAGGGUACGCGUUGCUGCCGAGCGAGCCUCUGGACAUCCAGGUGAGCAACGUCAAGCACGACCUGGCCAUCCUGACCUGGUCGGAGCCGGAAGUGUUUCCUGCCUCGGGCAAAUACUUCGUGGUCCACUACCGCGAGGUGAACGAGUCGGCGCCGCCCGGCGUCAACCAGCGCUUCUUCUACAAUAGUUUCGAGACGCACGGGUCGCCGUUCCUCAUCUUGAACCUGGCGCCUGACACCAGGUACGAGGCCUACGUCGAGCCGGUCAAUGUUUACGGCUUCGGCGAGCCCAGCCAGAGAGUCGUCUUCACCACCCUGACGCAGAGCAAGGAGGAACAGAUCGAUAAGGAGGAGUCGUACAACGUGUACAACAUGAGUGAGUGCUGCAAGUCUGCUGGUCUGAGCGCCUUGUGUCAGCCGCUGUGCAGCUACAACUUGAGCAUCAACGAUCUGCACGUGUUGUCGGUGGUGUGCGCCACUUCGUUCCACACGCUGCUGCGCUGCGGCGCCGGCGGCCGCAACCACGAGCCGUGUUGCCAGCGCCGCGGAGUUCCCCCCAAAUGUCUGAGUCUGUGUCUGGGAGUCGUUGAUAACACCGUGACAGAAACAGCCAAGGCCUGCCAGCAGUACACCGGAAACAUUCUGCAGUGCUUUGAAGAUGGAGUGGGCACUCUUCCCGGCGCAGUGCGAGAGUUGCAUUUGGUACAGAUGACGAACCACUCUGUGAGUCUGAUCUGGGAGCAGCCAGCGGAACACGACGGCCCCGAGCCGACGGGUUACGAGGUGCACUACUUCGCAGAAAACGACACCGACGCUAGGACCAAGGUGCAGAACGUGACGUCGACGAACGCGACCAUUGAAUCGCUAACUCCUGGCAACGUGUACGUCUUCUACGUCUUGUCGACCAAUCAGCACGGAACGUCAAUGCCCUCGGCCGUCAUCAGGAUCAAUAUUACUGCAAAAGAGAUCGCGGACGGUGGCGUCGCAGGCGUGAGUUCGCAGCCGCGGGGCCUGGCGAUUGGCGGCCGCGGAGCCAACUUCCUCACCCUCACGUGGCAGCCGCCCUUAUUCAGCCACCCGGCCGACCUCAUCAAGUACAGCGUGCAUUACCGCGAGGUGCUACCUGGCGAGCUGCAGGCGCCGUGGAUGAUCACCGAGACGACCGUCACCUCGACCACCAUGGCCAACCUCAAGCCCAACACGCAGUACGAAGCUGAGGUGAUCGCCACCAACGCAAAGGGGCCCAGCAUCUCCUCCGAGAGGCUCACCGUGUGGACCGACCCUGCCAUGCCCGCCAUUGUCGAGGCGCCGAAAGUGCAGCCGGGGGCGGUGGUGGAGGGCGGCAGCAUCACCGUGCUGUGCAUCGCGAUGGGCACCCCGGCGCCGGACGUGUCGCUCUACGUGUCCGGCAUGUUGGUGCACACGGGCAAGGAGACGCGCCACCUGGUCGUCACGCUGUCCAACAUCACCAGACACAUGCGACAACUCUCGUGCUACGCGGACAACGGCUUCGGCACGCCAAUGCAGGCCUCCAAGAACAUCGUUGUCAGCUAUCCACCGACCCUGAGCGCCUCGUCAGCUCCCACCCUCGCCCUGAAAGGUGGCACUGGGGUGAUGGAGUGCAAGGUGGAAGCCCAGCCAGAGCCGCAGACCGUCUUCUGGAAGGACGCCAAUGGCAGGGUUCCCGUCGUCCAGGGCGGAAGGUUCGAAGUGACCGUCAAGGUGCUGAAAGGGGUGCCGGACACGAAGGUCAUGACCCUGACCAUCAAGGGCACGCAGACUGAGGACGAGGGAGAUUACUUCUGCCACGCCGAGAAUCUUUUGGGCAGUGCCACGCAGCCGGUCACACUCAAAAUUCGUCCUACUGACUCUCUGCCGAUUAACGCAAGCAACUGCUGCGAUACAAGAAACGUGAAUCCUGCCUGUCUGGACGCUUGCUCAGCCGGCGCCUUUUUGGACCUGGACUCGGUGCUCGACCAGCCCGAAUGCGUCGACGACUUGCCCAAAAUCGUCAAAUGCGCCGCUGAUGGAUCAGACCACCGCACGUGUUGCAUUCAGCGCGGACUGCCGCAAAGCUGUCUAAACUGGUGUCGUGGGGAGACCAUCGACAUCCCGACGACCACUUCCGCGUCGACGCCGAACAACCAGAAGUACUGCCUGCUCGUCUACGGACAGCAAAUCAUGUCCUGCUUCCAACAAGGACAAGACCGACUGCCAGGCCCACCGCACUCUCUGAAAGCGAAUUUGAUCGGCGGCAACUUCGCAGUGAUCUCGUGGGCGGCUCCGACGCGCAACCCAGACUUGGCGCUGAUGUACAGGGUGUACUGGCGUGAAAUGGGCUCGCGGCUAGCGAUGAAAAACGACUCUGCAGGCACCGAAUACCGUCUUCACGGGCUGAAACCGUCGACGACGUACGAGUGCAUGGUGAAGGCGGGCAACCAGUACGGAACCAGCAUGCUCUCCAGGCCGGUCCGCUUCAAGACCAACAACGACGAUUACAUCACCACGUCGAGCAGCCUCGCUGGGUCGAGGCUGGCGGGGAUCGCGUGGCCCGUGGGGGUGGCCGUGUGCACCGCCCUGAUCGGGGUCAUCGCCGUGAUCGUCGUCAUGGCCGCCGCCUGGCUCGUCAGGAACAAAAAGGUGCCUUCGAACGCGGGCGGAAGGGUGGCGUUUGAGAAUCCGGGAUAUUUGCGCGAGCUCCAUAUGGACAACAUUAAUUUGGCCGUUGGCGACGGUCAGAACAACUGGAGGCAGGAGAACUUGCACGUCGCGACGGUGAGCGGCGGCGGCGGCGACGAGGGAUUGCUGAGCAGCGAGUUGCAACAAAGGACGGCAGCGGCGGCGGCGGCGGCCAGAGAUUAGUUUUGGCAGCAGACACGAUAGAAAGACAAUCGCAGUGCCCUUACUAAUUACUUCGUCUCGCUCACACACCCUCGGGGCGAGAGCGAGAACUCGUGAGAAAGACCCAUGAAAAGGCUGUUCUAUCACACAAGUUUUGUAUAUUUAUCAAAAGCGGAUCGCGAUGAUUAUAAAAAUUUAAAGCAAGCAGAGACUCGGCUAACUAAAUUUGAUAUUUACGAUAGAAUAAAGAAGAAGAAUCAAAAUGCGCGCUGAACGGAAUAAUAAAAUAUAUAUAUGUUGACACAGAGACACGUAAAAUGCAGAUUGAGCGGUUUGUAAUUAAUAUGUAUAUUGUAAAUAUUUAUUGAAGCAUAUUCUAUAUUGUAUUUAACUCUUGCCACUAGGAGGAAGACGUACGUUUAAAGUAUAAGGCGAUCUUUCACGGAUCAGAGGACGAAUUUGGCAUGAGGUCGAGUUAUUUUUUUUUAUAUUAUAUUGAUUUUAUUAGCGGGUUUAAAAGGUACAUGAGACCUCAUUAUCUCAUCUCACCAUGGUAAAAUUACAAAAGUAACGUGUGCUUUGGAUUCCUCUCGCAGAGCCCAAUUGAACCAACACCAAAUAUUAUUUAUUUCUCAUGACGAUUCAUUUUUUUUUAAUUUCAGAGUGAUUUUUUAAUUUCUGACAAAUUCCAUUUCAAUUUUUGAAAAAACCUGAAUUUUUCCUUUUUUGCAAUUUUUGCCGGCUCCAAAUCUCGGAUUCUAACAUUUAGAAUUGCAAAAACAGACUACCGAUCGACUCGUCUUGAGCUCUCCUGACCAGUUGAAGGGUUUAGAGGGUGCUCUCCUUCACCCCUUAAUAUCUAUAUAACAAUUAAACCCCCUAUAAAACGCAGAUUAUAUUAGAAUAUAAUUUUAUCAAGCCUUGAAGAAACAUGCAUAUUAUUUAUUUCAUUUUUUCUUUAAAAAUUAUAGCAGGGGGUUGAAAGGGGUUGAUGGUAAGCACGCCCUAAACUCUUCAGCUGGUCAGGGGAAGUCAAGACGAGUUUAACAGAAGGUAUUUUUGCAAUUCUAAUGGCUAGAACCCGAAAUUUGGAGUCGAAAAUAUUUCUUUAACACGAAAACGACAAAAAUUGUGAUUUCUCCCAUGGUUUGAAGAGGAUUUUCUCAAAAGGAAAAAUUUACCCUUUUCUGAAAUUUAUAAAAAAUGAGGCACACAUUUUUAAAAGUCCAAAAAGCUGAGCUCAUUUCCUAAAUUUUAAAUUUGGUGCCGGUUUGAACGGGCUCGGCGCAGGGUUGCAAAAACCCCGCAUUUUAUUAAAAAAUGCAGUGCAGUGGUAAAAAGCGAUUUUUUCAUUUGAACCAGUUUCUUGCAGGCAAUUUUUGCUCCUCUUUUUUCAACAAUUUUUUAAUUAUUUGCUCUUGAAAAUUUGUCAGAAAUAAAUUUUAGGAGAAAUUGAGGCAGAAAACGACAAUUUAAAAGAAAAAAUCUGCACAGCAGAGGAAAUUUUGACCACUCCGAUAGCAAAAUUUAGAUUUUCACCGGGGAAAAAUGGAAUAAAUUAAUUUCUUGAGCAAGAAGUUUGUAAAAAUUGAGUGAAAAAACCCUGGCUUGGCGCCUCCCUUUUGAUAUAACACUGUAAACCCGUACAAAUGAAUAUUUUGUAAUCAAAAAUAAAAAAACGACAAUUUUUUUUAGUUGCUGAUUUGUGGUGUAAAUUUAGUUUGGUUUGCUUGAGCUCAUGCCAGUUUUCUCCUCCAAAAUCCUUGAGAUUUGGUCGUAAAUCAUUGUGAGACACGCAGACACACCCGACAAUAGAGAAAUAAGGCACAAAUCCGUUUUGCCCAAACACCCUUAGACGUUGAGAAAUGUACCACCGUAUUUGUGCGCACAGAAAUUAUAAAUGCAUAUUCAGAGCAAUUUUACCUAUUUGUAAAUCUCGGUUUUUCACGGCAGUCCUGUUAUUUUUAUCAAAUAAAAUUCCAAAGAAAAUUCUUUAUUAAAAACCAAA